AUGCCACAAAGAAAAGGAUUAUUAGCUCCACAAAAUACUUUUCUUGAUACAAUCGCUACACGGUUUGAUGGAACACAUAGUAAUUUUGUAUUGGGUAAUGCACAAGUACAUGAUUAUCCUAUUGUAUAUUGUUCUGAUGGAUUUGUUGAAUUAACUGGUUAUAAUAGAUCACAAAUUAUGUCAAAAUGUUGUUCAUGUAGUUUUCUUUGGGGUGAACGAACCGAUGAUAAUGCAAAACAAUCAAUAUUAAAUACAUUAGAAAAGAAAUGUGAAUUACAGAUUGAAAUACAAUUUCAUAAGAAGACAAAUGAACCAUUUCUUUGUUUAUUGGAUAUUGUACCAAUUAAAAAUGACAAAUCACAAGUUGUUCUAUUUCUUGUAUCUCAUAAAGAGUUAUCACCUGAUCGACAUGGACGAAAUAAAGCCAACUAUAGUAUACCUGAAUCAAGUUUAAAAGUACCAUAUAUGUUAUCUGCUCAACAUUUAACUGGAACAUCUCCAUCAAAUAAAACACCAAACUUAUUAACAAUGGGAUUAGCAACAACAAUUACAGCAGCAGUUCUUGGUUCAACUGGAUUUCGUAAUAAUAAAUUAUUAGAUUAUUUAAGUGCUAGAAAGAAUACAACAACAAUACCACCCCUACUACCACCAUCAUUACCAACAACAACUACCAUUACUCAUAAUAAAUUAGAUAGAAAUACUUCAAUUGUAAGUAGGAAAUUAUCAGAUCGUACUUCUAUUGAGUCGAGUAAAUCACUAGCGAAAUAUUCAUCAACAAGUAAUAAUAGUGUAAUAAAUGAUGUUCUCAAUAGUUCAAAACAAAAUAUUCUAUUAGAUCCAAUUGAUGUUGAAAGUGGUCCACUUUUAAUAACAGAAUAUAAGAGUAAUGGUAAUAAUAAUAAUAAUAAUAACGGUAAUAAAUUAUUGGAUCCUACACGUUUAAUAGUUCAUGAAUCUGAUUCAACGGAUACAUCAAGUGAUGAAUCAAGUAAUUUAACUAAUGAUCCAUCAACUGUUUAUAAAUUUCAACGAAGACGAAGUCGAGCUGUAUUAUAUCAUUUAUCUGGACGAUUUGAUCAAAAAUCCAAGCAUAAAUUACCAUUUAAAAAAUUUCAACGUAUUUCUGGCAAAGAAACAAUACCUGAAUAUAAAGUUCAAGAUGUACAAGCAUCAAGAUUUAUAUUAUUACAUUAUAGUUUAUUUAAAAUUAUUUGGGAUUGGAUGAUAUUAUUAUGUACAUUUUAUAUUGCUAUAAUGGUACCAUAUAAUGCAGCAUUUUCUCAGGGAGGUGAUGAAAAAGAUUUAAUUAUAUGUGAUAUUAUUGUGGAAUUAUUAUUUAUUAUAGAUAUUAUAUUAAAUUUUUGGACUACAUAUGUUAGUAAAAGUGGACAAGUUGUAUAUCAUUUAAAAGCCAUUGCUAUCAAUUAUUUACGUGGUUGGUUCUUUCUUGAUUUAUUGGCGGCUAUUCCAUUCGAUGUUAUUUUAGCUGUAAAUAAUCCUGAAAUACAAGGAACUAUUGGUGAAAUGGGUAAUUGGAUUCAUUUAUUGAAAUUGGCACGUUUACUUCGAUUGGCAAGAUUAUUUCAAAAAAUUGAACGAUAUUCUCAAUAUAGUACAGUAAUAUUGGGUUUACUAAUGUGUAUGUUCUUUCUUGUUGCUCAUUGGUUUGCUUGUGGAUGGUAUUGUAUUGGUAAAGAGGAAUUUAAGUCGAAAAUUACAAGGGAAUACAGUUGGUUAUAUGAAUUAGGUGAACGAAUGCAAUUGAAUCGUUCAUAUUCAGCAAUGAAUAAAACGAAUGGAUUAACUAGACGUGCAUUAUAUGUAUCUAGUUUAUAUUUUACAACAACUAGUUUAACUAGUGUUGGAUUUGGUAAUGUAUCACCGAAUACAGUAAAUGAGAAAAUAUUUGCUGUGAUAACUAUGCUUAUUGGAGCUCUUAUGCAUGCAGCAGUAUUCGGUAAUGUGACAACACUUAUUCAACGUAUGUAUUCAAGACGUUCAGCAUAUCAAACAAAGAAUCAAGAUUUAAAAGAUUUUACACGUGCUCAUCAUAUACCGAAACCUUUAAAACAACGUAUGCUUGAAUUUUUUCAAGCUAUGUGGGCAAUUAAUCGUGGUAUAGAUAAAGAAGCUAUAUUACAAUCAUUCCCGGAAAAUUUACGCGGUGAUAUUGCUUUACAUUUAAAUCGUGAAAUAUUAUCAUUGAGUUUAUUCAAAAGUGCCAGUCCUGGUUGUCGUAAAUGUUUAGCUCAAUUAAUAACAACACGUUUUGCUACACCUGGUGAAUAUCUUGUUAAUCAAGGUGAUGCAUUACAAUUUAUCUAUUUUGUCUGUAGUGGUUCUUUAGAAAUACUUGGUGAAGAAGGUACAGUUGUUGGAUUGUUGGGUAAAUGUGAUAUAUUUGGUAGUGAUAUGGAUGAUUUGCCUAUAUUGGGAUAUUCAGCUUAUAAUGUUAAAUCAUUAACAUAUUGUGAAUUACAAUGUAUAGCAUUAGAUCAUCAAUUACAAGAAAUAUUUGAUCAAUAUCCACAAUUUCGAAAACAAUUUGCUUUAGCCAUUUCAGAAGAAUUAUCAUUUAAUUUAAGAGCUGGAUUCGAUCCAACUUCAUCUUUAGAGCUGAUUCCCGCAAUCACUGUCACUACUGAUAAGACUACAGAUUUCGAAGAUCAUUCCGAUGAUGAUGAUAUGAGUAAUAAAUCUCAUGAAAUAAUCAAUGAUGAAUGCAUUUUACUAACUAAUUCACAGAAUAAAACAUCAGUGAACAAGAAAGACGACGAUGAAGAUGAUGAUGAUGAUGAUAAUGAUGACGAUGAUGAUGACGAUGAUAGAACUAUGACCCAUGAAUUCGGUAAACAAUUCAUAAAUAUAAAAACAAGAAAUUUAAAAAACUCUCUAAACGAUCAUCGUCUUGACAACCAAUUAAAUGUGAAACAAAUAAAACUAUUUGAAAAUUUAAAUUCUUCGCAAAAAAUUAAAAAAAAAUUUAUUCAUAUCAAACAAAAUUCAUUAGAUUUAUAUACAAAACAUUUUGAAAAAUUCAAUAAAUUAAAUCAUACUUUAUCUAUUGAACAAUUGAAUCAAUUGGAUAAAACAAACAAUAUUAAUACUACUAUUAAUACUACUCAUAACACUAAUAAUAGUAGUAAUAAUCAUAAUUGGGAUAAUAAUGAAUAUAAGAAGAAGUUUUACUUUCAUUAUCCAAUUAUGAAUUCAUUUCAUUCAUUUGAAAAUCUUAUGGACAAAUCUAAAAUGAAUAUUACAAAAUUAUACUUAAAUUAUAAAUGUAAAUCAUUCGAUGAUAUUUAUCAUCUUGGUAAAUCAUUUAGAACUUAUAUUCGAAAUGAAUCUAUUUAUAAUACUGACAGUUACGGUGAAGAUGAAAAUUACAAUCAACUAAAUGAUGUGUUCAUCAAUUCAAACAACAUUAACAAUACUACCACUACUCCUCCUCCUACUCCUGCUCCUACUACUACUAUUAACAAUAAUAAUAAUAAUAAUUAUAAUAAUUAUUAUAAUAAUAGUAGUAGUAAUAGUAAUAGUAAUAGUAAUAAUGCUAAUGAUAAAGUAACAAAACAAAAUCAGCUGAUUUCAACCCUUUGUAUUAAUUUCUAUCAAACCCAAAAUGAUAUUACUUUAAUCAAAUCAGAAUUGAUACAAAUGAAUCAAAAACUUGAUAGAAUACAAAAAGAUUUUAAUGAAUUUACUAAAUUAUUUAUUAAAAAUGAAAAUUCAUUCAAUAAUCAAUCCAUACAUCUUAAUACUUCUAAUAAUAGUAAUAAUAAUAAUAAUGAGAAACGAUUGAAAACGAUACAUUCAGUUGCUGGGAAUGAUACUGUCUCUUCAACACAAACAAACAUUGCUCAUAGUAACAAUAAUAAUAAUAAUAAUAAUAAUAAUAGCAGUAUUAGUAAUAAUAAUGUUAAAAAUUCAAAAGAUGGCUUAUCCCCUUCUAAAUCUAUUAUACCAACAACAAUAAUGAAUUCACGUCCAUGUUUACAUCAAUAUGGUAGAACACAUCAUUAUUCACCAGAGAAUCGUGUAGUGACAUUUCAAUUACCACCACGUAAUUAUGAUUUUCGUAGUCAAAGUUUAACUAGUUCAAGACAAAUUUCACCUGAAACACCAAAAUCUAAUCCAAUUAAAAAAUUAUUACAUAAACAUCCAUCUAUAUCACAUGAUCUUAAUUAAAAUAGAUAUUGUACUUUCAAUAUUACAUAGACAUAUGAUAUGUACAUUGUUUACUCAUUAACAUAUAUAUAUAUAUAUUUCAAUGGUUAAGAUCAUGAGUCAGUUGAACCUACACCGCCAUAGAAAACCAGGAAGUACUGGACGGCCAUUUCGUCCUAUUGUAGGACUCCUCAGCAGUGAGCAUCCACGACCUUGCCUCCUGCUGAGGAGUCCCACAAUAGGACGAAACGGAAGUCCAGUGCUUCCAGAUCUUUCAUAGUGCUUAAGCUUCAACUCACUCAUGAUCUUAACCAUUGAAAUUACUACAAUCUCCACAAAACCCAUUUGAUAUAUAUAUAUAUAUAUAUAUAUAUAUAUAUAUAUAUAUAUAUAUACACUCAUUUUGUAUACAUUCACUAAAACGAUACACAUUCACUUCUAUCGAAAUGGGUUCUUUUUUCUCCUUUUUUUCAGAUAUCAUUUUUGUUUUGUUUUUUUUUCUAUCAUUUUCUUCUUAUUUCUAUUCAUGUACAAAGAGAAGAAUUUGGAUGGAAAUUAUUUUGUUUGAUUGUAACAUUUCUAAAAGUAUCUUUACACAUGUUUAUUCAUCUAAUUUUGUGUAUGUAUGUGUGUAUGUAAGUGAGUGAAUGUUUCAUUAUUACCAGACAAGAUGUACUAAUCAUUAAAUAAUUCGAUCAUGUUAUGAUUUAGUUAUAUAUGAGAUGUAGUUAGAAUUAACAUUAUCCUUCCUCAGCAACAACAACAACAACAGCAAGAAAGUUGUUUUGUAUACGUUAGAACCUCAACUUAUUUUUUAUUGAUAAGCCCUUUACUCUUUCUUCUCUUUUUAAAGGAAAAAAAAGAAAAAGAAAAUAUAUAUAUGUAUACAAAAACAUACAUUUUUUUCUUGUAUCUAUGUGUAUAUUGAUCAAAGAUGCAUAAAGUGAAUAAACCACUACAUUUCAAUGUUCAAUAUCUUCAAUGAUAAAAAGCAUGAGAAUUAAAUUUUGAAGAAAAAAAGCGAAAAAAGAAAAGAAAAAAGAAAAGAACAAAGAGAAUGCAGUGAAUUAGAUUGUAUUAUUAUUAUUAUUAUUAUUAUGAUUGUUGAAUUUAAUGAAUUUACAUUUGGGGGGGAAUUCCUUCUAUUUUGUAGAUUUGUAUCAAAUAUAUUUUUUUAAAUUUAAAUUAAAGAAACUUUUAUUUGGUUUA